AUGGAAGUUGAAAAUUGCAUCGUACUUUACAAAAAGAAAAGAGACACUUCCACAAGAAUUAAAAACGAUCCAGAAACCCACGAAAAGGAGGACAAAGAUCAUAAGCAAAAUGUGGGAAAUGAGCCACAAAGCGUCACAGACGUAUUGAAUCAUUGGCUAGACUGGCGAGGAAGCAACACCUAA